CAUCAAAUCACCAUAAUUAAAACAUGGUAUUUACCUCAAUUCCCCAACCCUUACUUUAUCAUAGUAAGAUUGUACCUGUCCUUCCCACACUCAUCGAUGAGAUCAUAAGUGGGCCCGUACCCGGCACCGAUGACUUCACGAUGGUGUCAACACCAACAAUCUGGGCCCCGAAUCGAUGAACACAUCACCUUUGACUUUUGGAUAUAAGUAGGUUGCAGUAACCGUUCCAUUGCAAUCAUUCAGACUCAGAUUCAGAACGAACAACAAUCUAUCUAACUCCCACAAAACAAACCUUAUUUCCAUCUUUACUACAUAUAUACAUACACAAACCAUCAAAAUGCCCCGCGGAGCCGAAUACGACGAUGGAAUCCCCCACUCCGACAACGCCAUCGAGGCCGGCGAGACCAAGGUUCAUGGAACGAACCCUGCCAACGACCACCUCAACCGCGUCCAGCGCACCGCUCCCCUUCCCGAGGCCGCCCAGAGCAGCGGCGGCGAGUACAGCAUCGGCGGCAGCUCAGGUCCGAACAAGACCGGUAGCGGAAAGGGCGGACACGAGCCCAAGACAUUGGGCGAUAAGAAGGGAUUGGGGGCUCACCAGGCAUAAACCAAAAGCAGAAGAGCAUUGGAGUUCGCGGUGAUUGAUGCAUGAAUAUCAUGAUUUAGGUACCUCUUUAGGUGGAUAUGUAUUAAC